AUGCCCUUGGAAACGAAUUCUAUCAGAGAAUCUGAAUCUCUUGUAAAAUGUGUAGUCGCCGCUACAAAAACUGAGAGAAAACCAACUGUCAUCAUAAUUGGAGAUGAUACAAAAUAUACCGUUUAUGAAAACGUACUUAUUAAGGAAAGUCUUACUAAAGUUCUUUCAGAAGAAUACGUGCCGCAAAUUAUUUUACAUAAACUGCAAAUUCUAAAUGAAACAGCAAACAAAUUUAAAGGAAAUGUUUUAGUAGUUAUUUUCGUCCAUAACUGUGAAACUUUUGAACAGUUAGAUGUAAUAGCUAAUAACAAGAAAUUGAAAUACCUAAUUAUUCUCUACAAAUAUGAAGAUUGUAAUAUGGCUUUAGAAAUAGUUGGAUGGACACUUCAAAACUAUGACGCCACAUUUAUUUUUCAGUCGGAGAAUCGUACAAUUUAUAAGUUUCAGACGACUAUUCCAAAUAUUGAUGAAAGUACUUGUGACUAUGAUGUUAAAGUUAAACCAACUCUAAUUAAUACUUGUUUCAAUGGAACAUUGGACAAACCUGUGAUAUUUCCUACUAAAGAAAUAAAAAAUCUGAAGGAGUGCCCGUUUCGUGUGGGAAUGGCUACAUUGUACCCAUAUUCAGUCAUAGAAAAUAAAGAAUCCUUCCGAAAUCUGCAACAAAUAAAUGAAUCUCAAAUACGUGGAUCUGAUUUUGAAAUAAUCAAAAUUUUUUCUAGCAUAAUUAACGCAUCUUUAAAUAUGUAUUAUAUAUAUAGAGAAGAAAAAAAUCCAUAUUUACGUAAUGACUUUAUUUCGUACAUUUUUAAUGGCAGCAUAGACGCUUGUGCUGGAGGGCUUUACAGAAUAUAUGGAGACCUGAUUUCUUAUUCAGGUGCAUAUAACAGGCAAGCAGUUAUUUGGGUAUAUGGGGUAGAAAGAGAACCAAGAUCUUUGCGAACAAUUGUAGGACCUCCACAGAUGUUUAAAACGAACGAUGAAGUCAUGGAAUCAGGUAGGACGCCUUAUUUAAAUUACGACACCAAAUUUUUUGUAAAUGACGCCAAGUAUAUCGCUUUUGCUAAAACCGCACUAAAUUGUACUGGAUUUGAAGAAUACGAGGACUUGGCAAUUUCUAACAAUGGGGUAACUUGUAUCAUUGAAGGAUAUUUCUACCCUUUACAAGCAUUCACUGCUGUUGAAAAUGAAGCUCGGGUGCUAAGGGCUUCAGAAAACGUUUUAAUUACUUAUCAUAACAUGAUUAUUCGAAGUGACAGUCCUUUUGUGAGGAAAUUUCAAAAUAUCGUUGUAAGCCUUUUUGAGGCGGGUAUUUGUGAUAAACUGUACGUAGAAGCGAUUGGUCUGUUGGUAGUAGCUAAAGCUAAGAGUGCCAACGAAAAUAUUAUGGCGAAUAGUUACAGUUGCGAGUUUGGAUGUGCCAUCACAAUAGCACAAAUUGCGGGUGCAAUAUACGUUUGGAUCGUUGGUUGUACUCUUUCCUUCAUUGUAUUUUUAAUAGAAAUAAUGGGAAACAAGAAAUCUAUGGGGCAGUCACCUUAA